GUUUAUCUUCGCUCAGUUGCCCGUCUCCGAGGCGGGGUCUUGGGCGACGCAAGGGUGGAUGAAUCCCGAUGUGAACCAAAGUGCAGAGGGAAAGCCGUCAACGCAGUGGCAAGCGAGCAAACCCCGUUCCUUCCAGCAGGGCAAGCGACGUGGCACAUAAUGAACAGCGUGGCGAAAUUUGGAGAGAGUUGGUGACACUACAGGUAUCUGUCAAAGGAAGGCGGCGGCAGCAACAGCAGCGACAGUAAGCAGCAGCAGCAUUAGCAGCAGCAGCAGCAGCAGCAGCAGCAAUCUCGAUGCACCAUGAGUUUCGCCGAAGAUGUUGCUGAGACGAGAGGCAGCCUUUCCCCGUCCGCUACCCACAUUAUCCAGUACUUGCCCGCACACCAUCACCGCACAAUGGGCACAUUGCAGAAGGACAUAGAAGAGGGAGCCCAGCUUUGAGGCAAGCAUUUUACACGAUCCUUCGCUGCGUUUCAAUGCAGACCUGAAACCCCAGCUGUGUGUGCAUUGUCAGUGAAGACUCGCUCUCCAAACCUGAAAGAGAGCGAGAUAUAUAUAUAGAGAGAGAGAGAUACUUCAUGGUACAAUGAAAACCACCAGGAAAUGUAGAGCCUUGCUGGCGGUGGGUUUAAACUUAGUGGCUCUCUUCUUCUCCACGACUGCUUUCAUCACAACCUACUGGUGCGAGGGCACUCAGAAAGUGCCCAAACCAAACUGUAACAAGGUCACCAAAUUAAACUGCAUCAACCUUAACGGCAGCGGAGCGGUGAACAGCUCCAAUUCCAACCUGCCCCAAUACAGCUGGGAUACCGGGGACGACAAGUUUUUCUUUCGCUACUUCCACACCGGCAUUUGGUACUCCUGUGAAGAGAACAUAAACGGCAUCGGUGAAGAGUGCCGGAAUUUUAUUGAUUUGGCUCCUGCAUCUGAGAGAAGUGUUCUCUGGUUGGCACUCAUCUCCGAAGUUUUAUAUAUCGUGCUCUUAGUAGUUGGGUUCAGCCUGAUGUGCCUGGAGCUCUUCCAUUCGAGCAACAUGAUUGAUGGCCUCAAACUGAACGCGUUUGCUGCAGUCUUCACCGUUCUUUCAGGACUUCUAGGAAUGGUGGCUCAUGUGAUGUACACGCAGGUGUUCCAGGUGACAGUGAGUCUUGGACCUGAGGACUGGAGACCACACUCCUGGGACUAUGGGUGGUCAUUCUGUCUCGCAUGGGGAUCCUUCACCUGUUGCAUGGCAGCCUCGGUCACCACGCUGAACUCCUACACCAAGACGGUCAUCGAGUUCAGGCACAAGCGCAAACUCUACGAGCAAAGCCUUCGAGAAGAGCAGAUGUUCAUCGAUCACGAGGCCAUCAACUACUUCCGAGAGAGGUCCCUCCAGUCAAUCUCCAGCUCGGUGGAGGUCUUUGCGGACCCCAUCACUCACACAAGUAAAUCGCUGAUGCAGGGCACAUCAAUGGACUUGAGUGAAAUCCCAGAGGUACUGGGAGAGGACCAGUGUUAAACACCAUCUGAUGCUGAAGCCUGAGAGACAAUAUCUCUGCUCUAAACUCCCACCUGUAGACCAAGUAAACGUAAAGGUUAGACUGCACUAUCCCCUUUGUCAGUGUACAUCAGCUGUAUUGAUGUUUAAAAUGCGUUGAUGAGCGGGAAAUAAUAAAACAAUACAUCAAUAUAGAAUGCGUACAAUAACGAUUUUUAUAUUUUUAAUAAGGUUGUAUAAUAUAUUAUUGUAAUGUAAACUUAUUUAUUUUCAACCAAAUGUAUCAAUAUAUGUCCUGGACCAUAUGCAUAUGUAUUUAAUGCCCAUCAUUCCUUGUCUAUCCUAAAUAAACAUCUAAUCUUCUUUAUUCCCUUUGUUCACUUGAUGAUUAAAUGCUGAAGUUUUUUCUCGAGAUUGAUUUUAAUCUUCAUUAUAAUUGGAGGCACUAAUGCAUCAUCAAGGUACAAUUGUUUGUUAACGUUUUAAUUCCAGUUGCUCAAUCAGUUCUUCCAUCAAAUUGAUAAAUGAUCCUGUGUGGUUUAGUUUAGUUUAGA